GUAAGUAUAAACUAUACGGUCACCGGGAUGUUAACCUCUAAGAUUCUCGUAUCUAUGUCUUUGUACAAUUAUCUGUAGCUGCUUUAAUACACCAGAAGGUAUAUGUAGAAAGGUUUAAAGUGACUGUUAACUCUAAUCGAACCUGAUGAUUAACAGGAGCAUCAAUGCAUCCUUUUCACUACUAUAAUGCCUCUCUUUACUCGUUACUUUUCCCCUUCAAUGUAGCUCUAUUGGUAACAACAGCCGGUUUUAUUCUGUUUAAUCUGAUAAAAAAAGCAAUGAUUAUUUUAAUAACUGCACUUGUUAAUUUUGGACAUUUUCUGUGCACAGUAGAAAAUAAUUACUGGACCGGAAACGUGUAAAUUCUUGCUUUUUUUAUGCUGAAACAAAAAAAAAUAUAUAAUGACAAAUCCCACCUUUGAAACGCACAUUCACAAUGAAAUUCUCUUGAAAUCAGAACAGUGUAGAUUGGCCAACUUGGAAUUGUUGGAUGCAAGCAGAGUUGAAAACGACGAUGCCAGUUUGGACGAAAAUAGAGCUGCUAUAGCCAGACACGACGUUUCAGCCGUUCCUGUUAUUGAAAAGCCUCGUAAUAUUAACGCAUACAACGCCUUUUGUCAGCAAGAGAAGACAAAGAUUCUCAAGAACACUACUGAAGAAGUCCCUGCUGUCCCUUUGGCAUCCCAGAUUUUGUUUAAACGAUAUAAAAAUCUGACUGAAGGCGAGCACGAAACACUUGCGACUACGGUUCAAGAAAUGAAUAAUGGCAGUGAAGUCCAAACUUCCAAAAAUACUGACUUAAUUCUCGCCCGGAUGAAAUCAACACUCAAGAAAUUCCUUGCAAUCAUGAACGCUUACGACGGGACAGAAAGUGCUAUGGGUUUCGGGAGAAAUAGGCCCUGGAAAGCGAUUGCUGUUGGAGAGAACGUGGAAAAGAUGGAUUUAAAAAAAUGGAGAAAGGAAAUUAAGCAAAAUCUAAAUCCCGGUUUCAAUGCUAAAAAAGCCCGUAUUGUUGCUGCAUCCUUGGUACAUAGUAAAAGGAUUGCUGCUGUCAAGGAAUCCAUAAAGAAGCUGAUCUAUGACCAAUGUGGGACUACUCACGCUGUAGUACCUUGGAAAAAAAUGGUCAGGGUGGAAGAUAUAGGAACCUUUACUAAAAAUAACAAAUGUUUGGUGGUCAAAAACUGGCCUAUAGAUAACUUUAUACCUAAAGAGAUAAAAAAGGCACACAAUCUUACGCUUAUAGAGUCCAACUUGUGUCGCCUUGAAUUCGAAUUGAUUAGUAUACCUGACCAGUCGACAUUUACAGAGCCAACUGACAUGCUAGUCGAUAACGACAACGAAUAAACGAUGCUCUGAUUCUUUUUUUUUUUAUCUUUAUGUCUAGAAAAGACGGUAUAAUUUGACAUCACUCCUAACAUACCUUACAAAAAGUAUUUCUAAAAAAGAUAGCGAAC